CCCGGGAACAUCGGGCAGCUGUCAAUGACAUAUUCGUUUGCUUCGUGUAAAUUUGUGAAGUUGAAAUUUUCAACCCAUUUAUUUAUUAGUGAAUAUGGUUUAUAUCAACAGAUAAUGAGUUUUUGUAUUUUGUGGUUUAAAGGCAACUAACUGUAUAAGUGAAUAAGAUUAAAUAGUUGUGAAUACUUUAUAAUGGAGGAUCUCAAUUUGACAGAAACCGAGAUGAGAUAUUUCGGUGAUUUGUUUUUAUGUUGCGAUGAGGAAUCCAACGGGAAAAUACCGAUUCUUAAAGCUACAGAACUUUUUAGAUCAUCGAAUAUACCUAAUGAUAUACUAAGACAGAUCAUGGAUAUAAGUGUGUCGCCUAAUAGUAGUUCAUCUUUAAAUCAUAUGAAUAGAAAGCAAUUUUAUUCGGCCCUAAAACUUAUAGCAGCUCAUCAAACUAAUAUGGCAUUGAAACCUGAACUGUUGUCAACACCUCUAGACCUUCCUUUACCACGGUUCACAUGGGCCCUUAACUCGGACGCCAAUGCAGACCUAAUACAGCUGUCUAACUCUCCUAAAGAGCAGCACAUUUCGAAAAGGGAAAGGAAUUUUGUUGAAAGGAGUUUAGGUGCAUAUGAACCAAUUAGAGUGUCGUCAAAUUUGUCAGACAGUGAUGUUCCUCAAACUUUAUCACAUGAUGCUACGGAAGCACUAAGUACUGACUCUGAAAUUGAAUCAGAAACAAUGUCUCAAAGGAGUGGUUCUUGUGGGAGGCGAGCGAAAAAUGGAUCACCAUGGAGUACUGCGAGUGAAAGUCCUACGCCAACCAACAGUGUGGCUGAGAGAGUACACCCAGUGUGGGAGCAUAGUGCAACUGGUCGAGGUGUCUGGCCCACCAACACUGCUGAGGAACAUACCAGACUUUUAGGCACUGAAGAAGAGUCAUCGGACCGGCACUCGUCGGACGAGGAGGCCGAGCCGGACGGUGACGUGUUCGCGAUCAGCGACGCGCAGGCGCGGCACUAUGCGAGCCAGUUUGCACAACUGCGGCCUGAACGGGGUCUGCUUUGUGGUCCUACUGCUAGAAUGUUCUUCGAGAAAUCACGUCUACCGGUUCCAGAUUUGCGUAAAAUUUGGCAAUUAGCCGACAUUACCAAAGAUGGAAUGUUAACCUUGGAGGAAUUUAGCAUAGCAAUGCAUCUCAUAGUAUUGCGACGAAACGAUAUACCAGUGCCAGAUGUGUUGCCAGCUUGUUUAGUACCCAAGGUGGACUCGCAUUUCUCCCAGCAAGCAAUAACAACGGACCUCGUCGACUUAGGCGCAGAUAUGUUCAAUUCCGGCACUUCCGCUGAUUUCAAUUUCGCACCAAAACCAGAAAGCAAUGAUCCCUACGAGAGCAAGUCAGUGAAGAAGAUGGAAGAGAGGCCGCCUUCUCUCUCGCCACCGAAACCGGAGCCGCAAGCUAAUAACAAGGAGUGGACCAAAUUCGUCGACUCGCCAACCUUCAGCGUUUCCAGUCCGGGCCCGAAACCAGUGAAUUUCGACUUUCACAAAUCCGCUCUAGAAAAAGAUCCUAAAAUUUUCCACCCGGUCGCUUUGAGGGUAACGCCUGAAGCGAACACUCUGCCCCACGAAGGUGACUUGCGUUCGAGCACGUCUCCGCGCCGCGAUGAUAUAUCCCACGCUUUCGAACUCACAAGUCCGAAACGAGUCAAUUCCCAGAACGAGCAAUCGUCGAAUGGAAAUUCAGAAAUUAAAUCCAUCCAGCGUCCGCAACCUAAAAAGCCCGUGAAGAGCGCUGGAGUUCUCCCGCCGCCGCCCGCGCGGGAAUCGUCCGUGCACGCCGAUGACGGGCCGCAGUCUCUACAAUAUGCGCCUAAAAAGGAUCCACCGCCGCCACCUCCUCCGCGACCGAUACGGAAUCACACCCGUUCGAGCUCCUUGGACUUGAACAGGUUCAAAGGAGCCGCGCCACCGCCACAACCGCCGCCCAGAAUGUCGCCUUCUGCCACAUCACCACCGUCUCGCCGUCUAGUGAACCAGAAGAGCGAGGGCGAGCCGGCGUUCCCUCCAGACGCGUUCGCGCCGCGCGAGUACGAGGGCGAGGGGUUCGGGUACAACCGCGAGGACGCGCCCAAGAUGCACGGCGCGUUCGAGGUGUACCGCAAGCCGUCGCGCGAGGCGGCGGGCGAGGCGGACCCCGACGUGAAGGCGCUGCAGGAGCAGAACGCCGUGCUGCACCGCGUGUGCCGCGCGCUGUGCGCCGAGCUCGCCGACGUGCAGCGCGAGCGCGAGGGCCUGCGCGUGCGCCUCGACGCGCACUCCACCCCCGUCUAGUCACCGCCCCCGCCACCACAUAUUUAUUCUCCUGUGUCUGUACAUAGACGUAUUCCAUGUAAUCAUUCGAUCGAUAUAGGUAAUCUCAUAUUUUGUUCGUCUUACGAUCGUAUUUAUGUUAGGUUCUAUCGUUGUACGCGAUGUCGCCGCGGACCUAAAUUAUUAACUCGUGUCGGAUUCGGUUCGAUCUUUCGUUAUAUAUUGAUUUUCGAUAUUCGGAUUUUUGAAUUCUGCUCUGCUAUUCAUAAAAGAGGCUAUAUUUUAAAUAAUAAAUACUUGCUAACGAGCACUAUUUAAAUUAACGACUAAAAGCUGCAACGAUUCAAAAUGUCUUUUCUGCUUUUUAUUGGAUCGAGUUUCGUGCGCUUACCCAUAUACUUUUUCGUGUAACUGUCGCUCUAUAUUUGGCCAUAGGUAAUAUUCGCCAAAAUAUAAUAAUUUUUAUCCUUUUGAUAGAUAGUGAAUUCGGUUCGAUAAAAUCUACCUCAAAAUUUUUAAAUAACGAGAUUAAUCUUUCAGCUAAAGCUACGCCAAUGUAGACGGAUAUUUUAAUAUUAACGUUUAAGAGUAUUUUUAUUAUAAUUAGUACAAUGGAUCUAGUAAUUCUGUGAAAUAACUAAAUAUUUCUUUGAUGAAUAUUAAUUAUCAUCACGAAUAAUUUGUAGCCUUAUAGUACGAAGCUUAGCAUAAAGCAUUUAUUUGAAAAUUGACAAUUCGACGGUACAACAUUAAUUUUAUAAUAUUCAUAAUGAUUAAUUUAUGGUCUUAAAAUGAGAUCGAGGUAGAACCGCUUGCAUUGCAUUCCUUUUUUAUAUAAACGCUUUAUGAAAAUAUAAAUUUAAAAUCUUAAAAAAAUAAAUUAGAUUUCGCUAUUUGUGAAUGUUGUAUAUUAUGAAAUAACAUAGGUGUUGUAUAAAUGGAACGGACUAAGGAAAGAAGACUAUGUGAUGUGUUUUACACAAGAUUGUUAUUCUUAUGUAGAUAGAUAAUAUUUGUCAUCUGAAAAAGUUUUAAAAUUUUUGAGCUGGCAACAUUUUAUGCUAUCCUUGCUAGCGAUCGUUAGCUUAAGUAUAUAAAAAUAGUAUAUAGAGUUAUGGAGUGUGAACAUGAGUUGUAUAAUAUAUUAAGAAUAUUAUAAAUGCAAAUUUGUUUUAAAUGUACACCAUCUUCGUGUAAAUACUUUUAUUUUUUCCGAAUGCGUUGUCAUUUGUAUCUUAAAGCUUUAUUACACACAAAUCUAUAUUUCGGUCCAAUUUUUGUAAUACUAAUGUUCACCAUUAUAUUUACCUAUUUAUGUUUCGUAUAAAAUAUACAGUAAUGCAUAUUAUUAUAGUAGUUAAACUAUGUAUAAUAAAAUUAUUUGAAAAUUAA